UUACGCUCUGUAGUACAAUUUCAUUUAAGAAAUAAACGAAUAAAGCUAAAUUUUUUAUUUUCCUCUAACUUAUUACUUUUACAGGCAAAACCCGCCGAAUCAAAGAAGUCCAAAAAAGAAAAGGCCCCUGCCGCUGACGCUGAUUCGGAUGAGGAUGAAGUUUUAGAAGAGAUCAUUGAGGGUGAUAGUGACAUUGAAAGUGAUGAAUACGAUAUCCCCUACGAUGGUGAAGAGGAAGAUCUCGAAUGUGACGACGAUGACGACGAUAACAAUGACGGCUCCGGCUCCGACGAUCAGGCGUAAUAAUAAUGUAGUAGUCAAAAACCAUUUAAAUUAAAUAUAAUAAAAA